CUUUCGAUGCUACAUCACCACUCAUCUCGUAUUCGAGGCAGUGAUUGUGGAGCACAAGCUUGCGACUAUCGGAAUCCUUCAUGCAGAGUCGAAGCGCUUUUCGUGCCGCCCGCUCAGGCUCCUCACGUUGUUUAUAAGAUCAAGGCAAUAUCCGUUUUCUGGUCUUCCAUUCAACUUACAGUGCAACAUGACUUUCUUCCACCUCCUUACCGCAUUGGCGGCUGCAGCACCCGCACUAGCAGCCAUCUACCCUGUCUCCGUCCCUGCCGCUGCAGAUGGGUCGGCGUUCUUCCCAGGUACCCAAAGUGGUGUUGGAUCCUGGUACCGUGCGUCUUCGUCUCAAGACUCCACAAGUGGUACCGGGUGGUGCGGCAAGAAGUACACCGAUAGCGACCCUGUCAUCGCCGUGUAUUUCACGGCUAUGAGCGCAAACGAUGCAACCUACAACUCUGAUCAGAACGGCUGGAGGACCGCGACUAGAAAGUACUGCGGUCUGGAAGCUUUAGUAACCGAUCCGGCAACUGGCAAGCAGAAGCUCAUGUAUAUCGCUGACGCUUUUGACCCUCGCUAUGUCACUGGCAUGGGACACCCCAAAGCUUCUCUGGAUAUAAUGCUCAAUAGCUGGUCUGAGCUCUACGGGAAAAGUCCCAAUGGCAACAAGAAUCUCGUCAUCAACCCUGUGCAAUGGGUUCUUACUGGAAACAUAAACACUCAGUGGACUGCUGAUGGUGCUGUCUGGCCAACCAAGACGGGCGGUAUACAGACAAAGACAUCAACUUCUCCAGCGAAGACAUGCGAUUGGGGAUGUCUCGGAUGGGACUGCAGUGCCACAGUUCCCUGUCAAUCUCCCAAUGUAUGCGUCAGCGGAUAUUGCAGAAGCAGUGCUGCCACCACAACCGUGCCAACUUCGGCACCGACGUGCUCCUGGGGAUGCCUAGGUUGGGAUUGCGGCGCAUCUGUUCCUUGUCAGUCGCCCAACGUGUGUGUCAACAACUACUGCAGAGCCUCCGCCACUCCCAGCGCCUGCGCCGGAUGUGAAGGCUCUUCCUGCGGUGCCUCCACGGCUUGCAAUGCAGGUCUGACAUGUUUGAGCCCUGAAGGCGUUUGCAAAAAUGCUGCGUGCAAUUGGGGUUGUACCGGAUGGAGCUGCAGUGCUUCUAGUCCUUGCCAGCUGCCGAACAAGUGCGUAGGUGGUGUCUGCCAAUCCUCUUGAAUCCAUCUAGUCACGAGGUCGGCCUUCACGUAAGAUCUGGAGGUCGCCUGUAGGAAGAUAUCGAUUUCAACAAGAUUAACAGGCUCAUGCGGCAACUAAGAGAUCAGACACCAGCGGACCGUAGGUAUACAAGUCUGCAUA